UUUCACGCCCUGACUUCUUCUUGACUUCUCUCGACCUCUUUUUUGUCUCUCCCUUUUCGACUUUCUUUCUUUCCCUCCUGACUUCGUUUCGAUUCGUGAGGGCGGUGAUGCUUGCCUGGUGAGCGAAGCAUGGCCCAUCGAGCGCUACCGGGCGAGCAGAGCGCUUCAUGGCUGGCCAUGUCCUAUGGGUGCUGUGCACCUCGUCGAGAGAGCCUUGAUCGGGAUGAUCGUGCCUUGUUGAGAGAGAAUGGGGAGAAAGAGAUGCAAAUAUGUUACGAGCAGCCUCAGAUCAUCCCACCUCCACGUGCGGAACCAAUCCGGCAUCGCCCUUCCACUAGCCACUCGGUGGGCCGCCACGUCUCGCAGUGGGUUUCCAAUGGUCGCGAGUUCGCUACUCGAGCUUCGUCGAGGGCAAGUUCAUAUACGUUGAGCAGGCCGCGGAAGUCACUCUCAAGACAACGCCUUAGCAUUGGACGCCCGUCGGACUUUAGACGGUAUGACGGUGUCGAUGGAAUCCAGAGUAUGCUCGACGAGGCAUCUAUGCCUGUCCCCCGUCGACGUCGCAGCUUCACCCCGCUGGAACUCUCCAUCUAUCUCCCUGAGAACCGCCUCUCGCCGUUGCCAGACUUCGGCGACGACAGCUGGGAGGAAUUGCAGAAGCCGCCUCAAGCACUGAUCCGGGAUCGCCAGUCCCUUGCGUCGGAGUCCUCGUUCCUGAUUCAAAGGAAACCGGUUGCUUCCAUCUCGGCUCGCGACAGUAUCCACAAUGCAGCCUGGCCCCCUACCUUCACCUAUACAACGUCCGCCUCCCCGUCGUCCCUACCUUUCCUCCAUGAAGAACCCAAACAACAAACCACAUCGCCUAUCCCUACUCCCGCCCGUCCGACCCUCCAACGGGCCAACACCCAAACCUCCAUCGCCUCCCGCUCCUCUUCGCGUCUCCUCUCCCGACUCCCCUCCCCCUCCCGCACGCGCUCCAACACGGCCGCUUCCCUCCCUUCCCUAGCCCGCCGCGCCACCUCCAAGUCGACCACCGAAACCGACGAGGACAUCGACGCCGCCAUCCGCGAACUCAACACCAUCGUCGAAGAGCGCCGCGCCGCCUCCGCCCUAGCCGCAGCAGAAGCGUAUCGCUCGCGAAACCAGUCGCCCGCGUGCAUGCACCGCGUGCCGCCGAGCCCGAGCCAGCAUGUCCCCGCCAUUGCGCCGUCGCUGCGCAUGAGGGUGCGCAGCGAGACGCUGGUGGAGAUUGGGAGUGCGUUUUCGGCGCCGUUGGUCAAGGAUGUGGACAAGGCGCUUCCGACGACGCCGGGCGAGAAGGGUCAGGAUAGGAUGGGUACGAGGAAGUUGACGCUGUAUCCGCCGGGGUUGCACCAGCAGCGGCAGCAGCAGCAGCAGCAGAAGAGUCAGGUUCCGGGGGGACCUUUGACGUCGAAUCCGAUUACACCAACUACGACCACCGUUCUGACACCUACGACGCCUAUCCAGCGGCUCGGCGCGUGGAUCAAGAGAUCGAUGCCAGGUACACCAGUGACCUCUUCAUCGUCUGCGCCAGAGAAAUUCGCUACUUCGAUUGCGGCCAGCAGGGCGCAGAGCCGGCAGCAGACUCCAACCACCACCACCACCACUACUACUCUCAACGCACCCUUCUACUCCUGCAACCCCACCCUCCCCUCCACAACCGCAUAUACCGCACAAUCCCAGCACCGUCCUUCUACCUCAAGAUCCAGAUCCAGAUCCAGCUCCUCCUCCUCCCGCACGGCCACCGCAACCCUCGCAUCCGCAUCCGCAUCCACAACCGCGCACGCAAGACAGGAAAGCAACGACACCGCCACCGUGACUCUCUUUAGCACCUCGACGGAGAAAGACGCCGAUGAUGAUGAUGAGGAAGACUCGAUCCCCUCCACACCGCCACUAUCGACUCACUCGCUGAGCCCGGGCCCCACGGACGGAGAAGGAGGAAAUGGAGGGAGCGCGGGGUACUCGCCGCCUACGCCCGGUACGCUCACGGGAGAGGCUUUCGCGGCUAGCAGGGGGAGGAAGGGGAGGAAGAAGGUUCCGGAGCCGUUGGUGCUGGGGUUGGGUAAGGAGGUUAAUGUUGAUGGUGUUAUUGGUGUCGGUGUUGGUGUCGAGGUGGAGAGUGUGAGAAGCGUGGCGAGUGUGGUGGAUGUGGUGAGUGCGAGUGAAGGAAAGUUGCAACCGCCAAAGUCCCCGCAUUAUGGGAUUCUGCCGGGUAUGGAGGUGCCUGUUCGCAAUAGCGGGAGUGUGUGUAAUUGGUAAGUGCGAAUUGGAUGGGUCUCUGUGCGUGGAUGGAUGGAUGGAUGGAUGGAUGGAUGAAGUGGGAGUGCAAGUGGAUUGGGCAUGUGGUCUUCUGCUCCGAUGGCGUUCCUUUUUUUCUUCGGUUUUUUUUUUUUGAGAUAUACCCCGCCCUGAUAUCCUUCGCUUCUCCAUCUAUCCUCAAACCCCCUAGUUAUUUUGGGGCCCCAGUGUACUUUGCCGAAGAAAGCAGCUAGGGCAGUUUCUAGCAUAGCAGUGUUACCACUCGUUCUUAUCGCGUUCCGGUAGAAUAAUAACUUCAGCAUCUUCGAAGGCAAAACUCAAUCUA